AUGGCUUCUACUGAUCUAAGGGAAGAACUAGCCUGCUCCAUCUGUUUGGACAUUUAUACAGAUCCUGUAACACUGAGAUGUGGACACAAUUUCUGCAGAGUCUGUAUUGAGGAUUUCCUGAUUACACAGGGAAAUUCUGGAGUUUAUACCUGUCCCGAAUGCAGAGAAGAGUUUCAGGAUCGUCCCGUAUUGAGGAAGAACACAACUCUGAGUAAUAUAGCAGAUAGUUUCCUUUUUAAGCCAAAACAGGAGGAUACUGGAGUCUCUUGCAUUUACUGGGACUCUCCUGUUCCUGCAAUUAAAUCAAGUCUUCAGUGUGAAACAUCCAUGAGCGAUCAUCCGUUAAAGAGACAUAAUGAGGCUGCAGAACAUACCUUAAUAAAUCCCAACCCUUCAAUGGGGAACAAACAGUGCUCUGUCCACCAGAAGGUUAUGGAGUUCUACUGCACUGAAGACGCUGCCUGUGGCUGUGUUUACUGCAGGCUAGAAGAGAAGCACAGUGGGCACCAGUUGUGGACAUUGGAGGAAGCCUGUUUAAGGAAGAAAAGGGAACUACGAAAUCUUUUGGAGAAACUGGCCAAAAAGAGAGCGGAGACUGAAAGAAGCAGUGAGAGUCUGCAGGAGCACAGGAAAAAAGUACAGGAGAAAGCUGUUGAUGAGACAGCGAGAGUUACUGUUGUGUUUGAAGACAUCAGGAGACAGCUGAAAGACCUAGAGAAAAGAGUCCUCAGUGAGAUCUCCAGGCAGGAAGAGCAGCAUUUACUUUUAGCCUCUGAUCUAAUGCAGCAGCUGGAAAUAAAGAAGGACGAGCUGUCAAGGAAGAUGCGACACAUUGAGGAGCUGUGUAAUAUGACCGAUCCAGUGACUGUCUUACAGGACCUAGAUGGAGGUAGUUUAUGUGAUACUGAGGACAGAGAGAGAGGUGAUAAGGGCUUUGAUAUCGAUGACCUGAAUGAAGAAAUGAUCUCCAUGACACUACAAGCAGGUUUAUCUUCUAUUUUUGCUAAUGUAAAGACAGCAUUUCAUGUGCAGGAGACUUCAGACAUCGUAUUUGAUGUUAAUACAGCUGGCAAUAAUUUAGUUAUUUCAGGUGACCUGAAAACUGCAUGCUGGUCACACAUAAACCAGGCACGACCAGAUGCAGCAGAAAGAUUUGAAUAUUAUCAGGUUUUAAGCACCAGGAGUUUUACCUCCGGACAACAUUACUGGGAAAUGGAGACUAGUGACACAGGGGGCUGGAGAAUAGGCAUGUGUUAUUCCAGUACACAGCGGAAAGGAGGUCAUUCGCUCUUUGGGAAUAAUAAUGUAUCUUGGUGUUUGCGUUGGUGUGACAAUCAGCUUUAUGCUAUGCAUAACAGUAACGUAAUCCAGCUAAUACACAAGAUUCCUAGUCAUAUAUUAAGAAUAUAUCUGGACUAUGAGGCCGGGCAGUUGUCCUUUUAUGAGCUACGUGACCCUACCAGACUCUUACACACCUUCACCACCACCUUCACUGAGCCCCUACAUGCUGCAUUCUGUGUUUGGACAGGUUGGAUACGAGUACAGGGCUAG